CCUUCCCGCCCUUGAGCCGCUUACUUUUUUCCAGCGGCGCCCGCGCACGUAUAAAUACGCUACGCGGCGAAAUGAGAGCAAUCAGUAGCCCACGAGCAGUCUACCACAGAAGUGCACGAUGAGAUUUCUGAUUGUCGCCGCCGUCCUCGCCUGCGCCACCGCAGCGCCCUCGGGCCUGCUGGCUGGUCCCUACGGUCAUGGUCUGAUCGGCCAUGGCGCGCCUCUGGCUUACGGCCAUGGCGCUCCUCUGGCUUACGGCCAUGGCGCCCCUCUGGCUUACGGCCACGCCGCCCCCUUGGCUGUAGCGCACGCCGCCGUCCCCACCAUCUCCCCCGGUGACAUCCAGGGCGCCGCCAUCGACGCUCAUGUUGAAGCCGCCGACCACGUCCGCGCCGCCGUUGAUGCCACCCGCGAAUACCACGACCAGGCUGCUGAGCUCCAAGGACAGGCCAUCAACGCCGCCGAGGACCACUCGUGGCAGGCUGUCGAUGCCGUGAAGACCCAUGAGGCUCAGAUUGAUGGUGCCACCGCCGGUGUUGCGCCCAUCCUCGCUAAGCAGCUGGCUGGUCACGCCGGAGUGUACGCCGCCGCCGCCCCCAUCGCGCACGCCGCCUACGCCGCGCCCAUCGCGCACGCCGCCUACGCCGCUCCCCUCGCGCACGCCGGCAUCGCGCACGGCGGCAGCCACUCCGUGUCCUCGCAGUCCCUGCACCAGACCCACCCCGCCCCCCUCGUGCACGCUCCCGUGCUCGCUCACGCCGCCCCCGUCGCCUACGGCGCGCACGCCGGCUACGGCCACGCCGGACUCGCCCACGGACUAGCGCACUGGUAAACUGUGAUAGUAUACUUAAUACCAAAAAAUAUCUAAUACUCAAUUGUUUGGAAAUGUAAAUUAAUAAAGAAAACAGGCAAUAGAGGCGAGGAUGUGUGAAUAAAUGAAAUAGUAUUUUAUAAAAAC